CCUGAAUUAAAUUUUGGGACUAGCCUAUCAUCUGGCUGAGCCUGAAUCCAGUGUCCAUUCCAAACCCAAAAGCUGCCAGAGAUUUCAACAAUGUCUCACCCAUCUUGGCUGCCACCCAAAAGCACUGGUGAGCCUCUCGGCCACGUUCCUGCACGGAUGGAGACCACCCAUUCUUUUGGGACCCCCAGUAUUUCAGUGUCGACACAACAACCACCCAAGAAGUUUGCUCCAGUUGUCGCUCCAAAGCCAAAAUACAACCCAUACAAGCAGGCGGGAGGAGAGGGUGAUUUUCUUCCACCCCCACCUCCAUCAUUAGAUGAUCCUGGUACCAUUCCUCCGGGCUCUGGACACUUCCCUCCUCCUCCACCACUAGAUGAUGGUGCUUUCAAGGUUCAGCAGGGAAAUCCUGGAGGCAAGACCCUGGAGGAAAGGCGAUCCAGCCUGGAUGCAGAGAUCGAUUCUUUGACCAGCAUCUUGGCUGAUCUGGAGUGCAGCUCUCCCUACAAGCCUCGGCCCUCCCAGGGCCCUGGUAACCCGAUGGCUACUCUUCCAGUCUCUACCCCUGUCACAGGACACAAGAGAAUGGUCAUUCCGAACCAGCCACCCCUGACAGCAACCAAAAAGUCUGCAAUGAAGCCACACCCUGCUCCCCAUGCUGCGCCCAUCCCAGUGGCUCCCAUCGGAACACUCAAACCCCAGCCUCAGCCAGUUCCAGCCUCCUACACAACAGCCUCGACACCUUCAAGGCCCACCUUCAACGUGCAAGUGAAGUCAGCCCAGCCCAGCUCACAUUACAUGGCUGCUCCAUCCAUCGGGCAAAUGUAUGGUUCGGGGCCACAUGGCUAUAACACCCAACCGGCUCCUGUGUCAGGACAGUGUCCUCCUCCUUCGACUCGUGCCGGCACUGACUAUGCAUAUAUCCCACCCCCAGGACAUCAGCCUGAGCCUGCAUAUGGGUACACCUCCAACCAAGGACCCUAUUAUGAACCCUAUUAUGCAGCAGGGCCUGGCUACAGGGGCAGAAAUGAUUCUGAUCCUGCUUACGGGCAACAGGUUCACCCUAACACCUGGAAGCGGGAACCUGGGUAUGUUCCUCCUGGAGCCGGGAGCCAGAAUCCUCCUGGCGUGUAUCCAAGCAGUGGUCCCAAGAAGACCUAUAUCACAGACCCUGUCACAGCCUCUGCCACCCCAGCACCUCAGCCAAAGGGUGGACACCCUGGACCUAUGGGACCUCCUGCUGUCCCCCCAUCGUUCCGCCCAGAAGAUGAGCUCGAGCACCUGACCAAGAAGAUGCUGUAUGACAUGGAAAACCCACCCGCUGAUGAAUACUUUGGCCGCUGUGCUCGCUGCGGGGAAAACGUGGUUGGGGAAGGAACAGGAUGCACCGCCAUGGAUCAGGUCUUCCAUGUGGACUGUUUCACCUGCAUCGUGUGUAACAACAAGCUGCGAGGACAGCCCUUCUACGCCGUGGAGAAGAAGGCGUACUGCGAGCCCUGCUACAUUAAUACCCUGGAGCAGUGCAACGUGUGCUCUAAGCCGAUCAUGGAGCGGAUCCUCCGUGCCACCGGGAAGGCCUACCACCCCCACUGCUUCACCUGUGUGAUGUGUCACCGCAGCCUGGACGGCAUCCCGUUCACUGUGGAUGCUAGUGGCCUCAUCCACUGCAUCGAGGACUUCCACAAGUAA